UCCAUGCGCAGACGCUAGGAGCUGUCCAUGGUACUGUACAGUGCUACACCGUCAGAGCGCUACAAACACAAGCCAGGCAGCGGUACAGCCAGGGGAACAAACGAAACCAAACUGAGACUGCUUUUAGUGUCUCAUUAAAUGGCUUCGUCCUGAUGCCAACCCUGGACACGAGUGUCGAGCGCGUGCAGCAGCAGGGACAAGACACAGCAGCAGUCCGUCCUCUGCGCGAGCCUCAGUCUCAGUCCAUUCCGCACACAGAAAAGUGUUGAUUUCCAAGGACGUUUUUCUUCUUCUCAGCAAAUCUUUUCCAAACGGAUAACAUGUACCCGAUUAGAGAGCAUAUUUCCCUCGUGCUGUUCCUAACAGUGAUGAUAACGGACACCGAAGCCCAUGCAUCCGCCGCUAAGGACCGCCCUGGCCUCUCCAUGACCCCGGGAAGCCCCCUGCUGAGGGCCGCCAGCGUGGCCCCCACCACCAAGGACACCAGCAGAAGGCUGCCCAUGGUCACCACGGCCCCUCCGCUCAACAUCCCCCACCAGCACUCGCCCUAUCACAACCCUUCCUCCCAACAGCCCCCGCUGGGCCCCUGGGCCCGGCCCCACUACGGUGAGGGUGGCCGGGGGGUGGGUGACCGUCGCAGUCCCCUUCCCUUUUCCACCGGCCAGUUUUCUGGGGCUCGGCAUAUGGCUGUGCACGGGAGCGUCCCACGGUUCCCCGUCACUCCACCGCUGAAGAGCGCACUUGCCGGAUACGGGGGGGCUCCUGACCGCCCCGACCAGUGGCCCGUCCCCGUCUCAGCGCACACCCCCGGACCCCCUCGUCUUCCAGACCCCUCUGACCGAGCGGCCCAAGUGCAGUUGCGAGACACGGAGCGGCCUGCCCGGGUGUCUCCUAGUGCCACUGCCACUGCCAGCACGACGACUACUGUACCAGGGGAAGACACAGCCGUGGUGGGCCCGCUACUGCUGAGAAAGGGCUCGUCCGCAAUGGGCGGCAGCACAUCAGCAGGUAGUCCCGGUGGUAUGGACGAGGGGACCACCCCACUUAGUCCAGCGUCCUGCAACAUGGACUUCGGCGGGCCUCAGGGCGUUAUCCAGGCUCUGCCACAGGCCAUAUCUACUGUCCAUUCUGCGACCGACUGCACCUACAAGGUCAUCGUGUACAUGGGCUACGGAGUGGAGAUCCAGGUGUUGCAGGUCAACCUGUCAGAGAGCGACCACGUGACAUUUGAGGAUGCGGGUGGCGGUGACGAUGUCAUCCUGGCCAACAGGUCCAUCCUAACCAAAGGCCUGGUUGUACGAAGUCGCAGCAACCAGUUCACCAUCCAUCUGAGCAGCCAGAGGCCCUGGGCCGGGUCCCUGCGGCUCCACUACCAAGUCUAUGCAUUGGGCUGUACUUUCCCUCAGCAGCCAACCUUUGGCGAUGUGUCCGUGAGCAGUCUGCAUGUGGGUGGAGAGGCUUUCUUCUCCUGUCAAAUCGGCUACCAGCUCCAGGGUUUCUCAACACUCGCCUGCCAAAACGCCACCACCCCCUACUGGAGUGGCAGGGAACCACAGUGCCUAGCUGUCUGUGGUGGUAUGUUCCGGAAUGUGACCGUUGGCCGUAUUGUGUCCCCUGGUUUCCCUGACAACUACAGCCACAACCUGACCUGCCGUUGGUUGCUUGAAGCAGCAGAAGGGCAUCGGCUCCACAUCCACUUUGAGAAGGUUUCUUUGGCAGAGGAUGAUGAUCGGUUGCUUAUCAGGAAUGGUAAAAAUAUGGAUGCAUCGGCACUGUAUGACUCUUAUGAAGUAGAGUACCUUCCCAACGAAGGCCUCGUCAGCACCUCUAGGCAUCUCUUUAUUGAGCUGACCACAGACGCCGCAGGCACAUCCACUGGAAUGGCCAUCCGGUACCAAGCCUUUUCACAAGGACACUGCUAUGAGCCUUUUGUCAAGUACGGCAACCUGAGUAGCAGUGACACCACCUGGGCCGUCGGGGCUGUGGUGGAGUUUUCCUGUGACCCAGGCUACACCCUGGAACAGGGCUCCAUCACCAUCGAGUGCAUGGGCCAAAACAAUCCCCAGUGGAACGAAACGGAGCCGGCCUGCAGAGCUGUGUGCAGUGGGGAGAUCACUGAAUCGGCUGGAGUGGUGCUGUCCCCCAACUGGCCAGAGACGUACGACAAAGGCCAGGACUGCAUCUGGGGGAUCCAUGUUGAAGAGGACAAGAGGAUCAUGCUAGACAUCAAUGUGCUUAACAUAGGGCAAAAUGACAUGGUGACCUUCUACGAUGGAGACGACUUGACGGCAAAGGUCUUGGGUCAGUACGGGGGCUCGCGGCCCCGCUUCAAGCUCUACACGUCCACGGCAGACGUCACCAUCCAGUUCCAGUCGGACCCCGCCACCAACAUCUACGGCUACGGCAACGGCUUUGUGGUCCAUUUCUUUGAGGUCCCCCGUAAUGACACCUGCCCCGAGCUGCCUGAGAUCUCCAAUGGCUGGAAGAGCUCGUCCCACCCUGAGCUGGUACAUGGCACGGUGGUCACCUACCAGUGUUACCCAGGCUACCAGGUGGUUGGCUCAGAACUCCUCAUCUGCCAGUGGGACCUCACCUGGAGUGGGGACCUUCCAGGCUGUGAGAGAGUGGUGUCCUGCACAGAUCCAGGCCUGGUGGCGCACAGCCGGCGCGUCCUGACCGGUCCUCAUCUGAACGUCGGCUCCACCAUUCUGUACAUCUGCAGCAAGGGCUUCACACUGUCCGGCAACAGCCUGGUCACCUGCUACAACCACGGCUCGUCUGGCCCCAAGUGGAACCAGCAGCUACCAAGAUGCCUGCCUGAAGCCUAUGAGCCAUGCAGUCACCCAGGUACACCAAUCUAUGGAGUGCCCAGUUCCGAUAAAGGCCUAUUUAAGGCUGGAGAAAGCCUCCAGUACUCCUGCCUGGUGGGUCAUAUGUUGCUGGGGGAGCCUGCUCUCCGCUGUGUCCCUGGGCACCCAUCCCAGUGGAGUGGCCUGCCACCUGUCUGCAAAUCGCAAACAACUGAUCAGAGAUUCGAUGUGGCUAAGUUACGACUACAAGGAGUGAAUGUAGUGUUUGCUGUUUUCAUUCCUGUCACUGUCCUCUUUCUGCUACUCAUCGCCGGAAUCUACCUCUACUUCUCAAAGAGCCAGGGGAAGUCUCUACCAGUGUCCUCAACUCUGCCAUAUAGCCAGAUACUGGGGGAGUCAGCCUUUGAUAGCUCUGUGUACGAGACAAUGGUAAGUGUGUAAAGUGGAGCGUAUGAGGUUUCAAUCUGAAGGACGUGUGUGUGAGCACCAGCAACAGACAGAAAGCAUGCGGGCCAUCUGAACAGUCGUCGCUCAACCCUCCAUGUGAUCCCCUGGGGUUACUGUUGCCUGCACUUUAUUGUCUGAUUGCAAACGAAAGGCCACUUCUCCACCACACUCCAUAAUGCCCCUGGAACUUCUGUGCCACUAGAUUAUUGUAUUAUUUUUCUAAGCACCAGUGAUUGCAAUGGUUCGGCAGCCGUUUGUACAGUUUUUACCUGGCGCUCAAAUCCUGAAGACGUUCACAGCGCUGCAUCUCAGAAACCAUUUGCUGCUGAGCUUAAAGUGCAUUUUUGUGACAUGUAUGUUGUAAAUGAUAUUUCUUCUGCCUAACACUCUUAAAGGAAAUGGUCAGGUAUUUAUGGAGUUAUGGAGAAUAUAUUAGACUACAAAGAAAAAGCGAAAACAAUGAUUACUUUAAGGAUUUGCAUUUCAUAGCACUCAACGGCAAGAUUGUUUUAUUUUUGUCAAACCUUUCCUCCAAAAAAUCGGAAUGUGCCUUAAAUAAAAGGCUCUUAAAAACAAUGCAGUUAUAUAUGUUAUGAUUUCUCAGUUAUAAACACGAAAUACUUAAGAUACUGAUUUCUGAAAACACAAACCAUUACAUAUGAUUUGUGGUCCAAUUUUCCUUCGAUAACUACCUGUUUUGGUAAAUGCAUUAAAACAAAGUCAAUAUCAUAUGUAUUUGUCAUGUAUUUCAUGUCAUAAGCUGGAGUGCUGACCUAUUGACCUAUUUUUGAUUGUACAUAGUGUACUGUUUAAGCAACUUCAAAAUCAUCUUCAAUAAAAGUUAUUCAGAAAAC